CCACAAUGGCGGCUGCGACGCUCCGCUCCGUGCUCCGCCGCAAUCGCCUCCUGCCCUUGUUCGAAACCUGCCACCUUCGAGACCGCCUCUUCUUCUCCUCCUCUGUAGACGCUGCCGCCGUCACCGUAGGCGGCACCAUGUCUCCAGAUCCCCACUUCAUGGUGGAAUACCUCGUAAACUCCUGGGGGUUCUCCCCCUCCGAGGCAGCCAAGGUCUCUAAACCUCUUGCGCACCUCCGAGCCACCAAGAAACCAGACGCCGUCCUUAACUUCAUGAGAUCUCAGGGCUUCGACGGCGCCGGUAUCAGGAAGGUGAUAUCUGCGUAUCCCAGAUACUUGUGCUACAACGUGGAGAAGAACCUCGCGCCGAAGUUUCAGUUCUUACGCGAUUUGGACCUAUCGGAGUCGGACAUCGUCGAUGCCAUCAUGAAUAACCAUGCCAUCCUCCGUCUCAACGUUCACCGUUCCAUCGUCCCCAAAUUGGAGAUGUGGGAAAGUCUCUUGGGAUCGAGAGAGCUCGUUCUCAAGCAUCUCAAGAAGCCAGGAUGGUUUUUCUACUCCAGCGUUGAGAAGACAUUGCAUCCUAACCUAAAGUUCUUGCGGGAUGAGUGCGGCAUUCCUGAAGAAAGGCUCUCUCUCGCCUUGAGAAGUCGCCCACAAUUAAUCUCACGGAAACCUGAGUCGCUCCGAGCUUUGGUGGCGAGAGCCGAGGAGCUGGGGACGCCACGGCUAUCUCGGAUGUUCGUGUGGACACUUGGUGUUCUCCAAAUGGUAAGCAAAGAAAAGUUCGAGGCCAAGGCCGAGCUCAUGAGGAGCUUCGGGUGGUCGGAGUCGGAGUUUUCUUCUGCAGUCAUUAAAAAUCCCACCUUCUUAUGCAUCUCCCUCGAUAUGUUGCGCAGAAAAGUGGAAUUUUUUAUUAAUGUAGUCGGGUACACCCCUUCGUUCAUCGCCUCCCAUCCAAAUCUCUUGCUAUCAAGUCUGCAGAAGACGGUAAUUCCUCGGUUUCGUGUUUUGGAGAUGUUGAAUACGAAAGGCUUGUGGACUCGACGAGGCACGUUUUUGUCCUAUGUGACAAUAUCAAAUACAAAAUUCCUGGAGAAGAUUGUUCUACCCUACAAAGAAAAGGUUCCUGAGCUUCUUGAUAUUUUGAGAGCAGGUGAGUGUGAAGGGAAAUGAGCCCUUUUAUUUGGUAUCAGAGGAGGAUGAGAAGGGCUUAGCUGAUGGUCUAACUCACAUUUGAAUUUCUCAACAGGAGCUGAGCAGUGAUUCGGCACCUUUUUCCUUGACAACAAGCUGUCUUACAUCGACCACCAGCCUUGGCUACUGAGGUGCAGUCCAGUUAAAGAAUUAUUCCUUUGGUGUCAUAUGGUAGUAAUGUUGUAAUUGGAAGGUCUAUGCAGUGGCCAACACAAAAUGUCUUCCAGUUUUACUCAUUAAGGUUCAUGGAAAAGUCUGUUCUUUUUUGCAAA